AUGACCGCAUUUAACGACUACUGCAUAGUGUGCCAGCGUCUUGUCGAGCGCACUGGGAACCUGUACUGCUCAUCGGAGUGCCGAUCACACGACACGACGACGGGCCGGCGGAAGAGCGUGGUCGAGAGCCUUGUCUCGACACCGCAACUGUGUCCGCUCGACGUCGGGGCCGACGACGUCGCGGAGCCCGAGACCCGUGACGAAGCGCAUUUCCGGCUCGACUACGAGUCCAUGGUCCCCACGUUGCUUUCGCUGCCUCGCAGCGAAAGCUACAGACCACGUGGCUCGGAGCUUGCUUCGUUUGAUCACGUGGCCGAAGAUAAUUACAAGCUUUGGCUUAACGUGCGGCUGAGCAGCUGA